AAAAUAUCAAGUAAAAUAAAUUAUUUUUGGGUUCAGGUCAGCUGAACCCUCAGUAUCUUAUUUACUUCUCUUUCUUUCUCGUUCGUAUGUGUGCAGAUUGUAAAGCCCUCUGAGGCAAAUGUGUCAGUUGUGAUAUUGGGCUAUACAAAAUAAACUGAAUUGAAUUUAUAAUUGCAGAGACAGUUGAGACAGUUAACAUUCAUGCAAAAACGACCCUUAUGUGCUAGUUACAGGAAAAGAGAUCACGUGGGCGUGAUGUCACACGCCGGCGCCUAUAAAACCCUCCUGCCCCGUGCAACGUCUCGUGGAGCAGAGUGGCGCAGCGGAAGCGUGCUGGGCCCAUAACCCAGAGGUCGAUGGAUCGAAACCAUCCUCUGCUAGCUUUUAUUUUUUUUUCCGCCACAUAUUUCUUGCUUUCUUUCAAAUCGCGACCACAGAUAGAUUUCUGAAUGACGUAAGUCAACUCAAUGAGGAACAAAUACGUACUAAAUGUGUUAUCUAUGCACGAAGCUCAUUAGUCGAUAUAUCUGGCGUCUGCUCACAGAGAACACACGAGCUUUUGUAGAUCCGCUGAACUGUGUGCGUGUGCGCGUGCGUUUCACUGAAACUUGGUUUGGGGGGCACAUCCAAGACCUUCGACGCACUCCCCAAAACGGAGCUGUCGGGGAGAGAAACAACUCUCAGACUCCCUGCUCGGUGUUCUUGAGGACACCAGGCACAGAAACACACAAUGUACCAGCCACAGUGCUGCAUGUACGUAGACUAUGUGCAGGCAUGGCUCUUAAAACCCGGAAAUGAGUUCCCAAGUUCUUUCCUCUCGAAAUUUAUAUAUUUUUUAAAAAUAAUUCUUGACUUCCAAUCUAAAUAUGUCCCAGUGCAGCUGCUUAUGUAAAAAACACAUACGCCCACACACUUGAACCCUUUACAUCCAGGAUGUUUAUUUCUACCAUAAUGCUUUCUCUUUGUUAACGUCAAAUAAUGCAGUGAGUAUAAUGCCAGAGAAGUAGAUUUGUUUCCAUGUAUUCACCGAAUAGUGAGUAAGGCCUUUGUUUCGUAGGCACGAAACAAAGACAUAUUUCCUACAGUGGGGAUGCUCAAUGGUAGACUGUGGUUGCACUCCAAUGACUACAUUCAUUUGAAAUGCUUUAGAAUAUAAUAGAUUGCUGAGCCAAUCCUAUAUCCGUUAUCAAUUAACCUGAUGAAUGACGAUGAUGACAUUUUUUAAAUUAUUCUAUUAGUCAUUGUUCCUAUAACACAUAUUGAAAAAUGACCAUUAUCAGUAUUUCUUAGAGCCUAUAAUGUGACAUAUUCUGUGAACUAUAAUCCGAUGACAAGCAGCAACUCCUCCCAUUUGAGAAGCUGAACCAGGGAAUGUUUUGGCCAGUUUUUCCCUUGAAAAAAAUGACAGAAACUAUGAAAGAAAAAAAAAAAGUGAAUCCACUGAUCGUUUAGGCUUUAAACCUAAAUUAAAACUAUAGAGCGGGUGAUUUCUGUGCAUCAUUUUCAUUUCAGGUGUUGUAACUGUGCACAUAACGACCCAAUGGACUGUCACAAUGUUUUACAAACGAGUAGUAAAAUGUAGCUCACUAAGAGACCAUGCACAUCGCAGCCUGGGGGGCUUCAGAUGAACUUCUCCUCAACACCUUCGAGGCCUCGGAAACUGCACCGCUCUGCCUCCGCUACCUCCACCCAACUCAACCACCGGAGCCACACCACCUUUUAAGCUCCGGCGGAGGAGGCUUUGCUCGACUCCCAUGUCUCUCUUUCUGUCUUCCCUCUCAUUCCGCCUUCUGUGUCCCUGUAUCUCUAUUUCAGUCUCUCUCGGGCCUCACCACAUAAUGACAGACCUAGCCGUGUAUUAACGGACCCUGCCCAUGCGUCCUCUCCCGGUCACCUCCCUCUUCAUGGGCCUUUUAUAAGCCUCUCGUGAAAGGGGCACUACUUUCCAAAGUUUGCCACCUCUUCACCUACAGACGAGGAUCGCCAGUCUGAACGCUAACCAUGGACAACCACUCGUACAACUUCCCCUCGGACUGCACCCCGCUCACCAACUGUAAGUCUGCCCGUAAGCCGGCUGGAUCCACCGUGGUGAACAUGGACAACACUGGCAAGAAUCCUCCCCGGGACUAUCUGGUCUGGUCGCUGUGCAACACCUUGUACGUGAACUUCUGCUGCCUGGGGUUCAUGGCUCUCAUCUACUCCAUCAAGGCCAGGGACCAGAAGACUCAGGGAAACCUGCAGCUGGCCCACGAGUGUUCAGACAAGGCCAAGUGGUACAACAUCCUGGCCGCCGGCUGGAACCUGCUGAUUCCCCUUCUGGCCGUCGGCCUGCUCGUCCUCCUGCUCGUCCACCUCGGCACCUCCGAGGGCUCCUUCGACUUCUUUGGAGAGGAUGGCUUCCAAAACUUUAUGAAGCUGUUCAGCUGGUAGACGGACGGAGGCAAAGGGUCGAGAGAAAAAAAAACAACAAAAAAAAAACAACACACACACAGAUGGGUCUCAAAGUGCACACUAACCAGGGUUAUUGGAUUCAGCAGAUGAGGGCUGGCUUUAUCGCUCCCAAAUGUUUUUAGCCAAUUUAAGUCGAGCCAUGAAGGAAAUCUAUCUGAGGGGAAAUCUGCUCAGCACUUAAAAAUAAUCCUAAGUGGUGAGAAAGAAAAGUUAGCCUUGGUUUGUGUAUUACAAGAAUGUCGCCUUUGACCAAUAAAAGACUAAAACAGGACAUUCAGAGAGUAAGAAAUGGAUAAAACAACAGAUUUUAAAACUAAUAAUGAAAGUUUAUGUCUUUCAGUUAAAGCAACACAACGGUGUGAUACUUGUGGGCUAAAACUGAUCCGAAUAUUUAUUGUGAGGGCUGUUAUCGAUAUUGGUGCAUUCGUAAUUUUAAUAUCAGUAUUUAAAAAGGGAAUUCACGGCCAGUAGAAAUAUGUUGAUCAAAGACUGAACAGUCUGAGAUGGAAACGAGGGGAACAAACAGAGGGAAAGGCUACGAGAUUGAGCAAGCACCUAUAUGUCGUUGUUAUUUAUUGUAUUUAUGUUGAAAUCAUCUCUAGUCCGGGUUAGAAAGAGCAGCGAUGAUGACAAACGAUAAUCAACAUUCACCUCCCAUUGACGCCUAUUUGUCUUCUUUCAGCAGCUUGUUUUACAUCCUACAUCGUGUCAUUCGUGUAUUUUUAGUGUAGUAUUUGGUUGUGUUAAGUGUUCUAAUUCUCCAUCAAUGUAUGUAGCUAAAUAAACCCGGAUGCUGUUAACUGCAUUGAAACACC